AUGCCACCUCCAUCAUCUGUGGUGAAGCUGCUGCGUACCGCGCCCAUCUCGCUCCCCUGCCUGCCAAUCGACACUCGAUGCCGAAUGCCGAUCGACAAGAAGCAGUUCAAGCAUGUGUUCCACAAGCCGCGCUGCGACAUCUCGAUGUUGGUCAACGUUGCGCCACACACUUCCUACGGAUGCGAUCAUGCGGCCUUGCGUCUUCACCAUGCUGACGUGAUCAAGCCGUACUGCGCCACUCCACACAAGCUUGAAGCCUCAUCAGCUUCGAUUGGCCGGAAGCUUCUUUGUGUCACUUGCUGCCCUCGGUAUAACAUUUUUUUUCCAGGCGGCAAACGCUACGUCAUUUCACGAAGCUACGCCACAUGUUUCCAUCGCACCACGCAAGCGACACUUGAGCGGGCGAUCAUUCUCGAUCAUGCCACCCAAGUAUCGAAGUUGCGACACAAUUUACAUGAUGGGACAUUCGUCGUCACUCAUCUCAAGCCUCGUCCACGUGAUGCCACUCUUCUUCAUGGCUCUCAAGGCAUCUACGCUGCGAUUCACCGGCCCCCAAGCUGCAUCAUUCGUCACCAAGUGUACAUCGAUCGGACGCGGUCACGAGACAGAGUCAAGCUCUCAUCGCAAACGUUCUCCAGCCCCGGCGCCAUCAAAUCUACGCUGCCGGAUGUGUUCGUCUACAUCAAGCCUGUGCCAUGCGCUGCGCGAGACAGCUUCACAGUGCCACAAGCCGACCAAGUUGCUCUCCGCCCAUCCAACUCGCUUCGCCUCGGUCGCGACACUGAAAGC